AUGGAUCCCUUCCGGGAUUCCACGCCCGUCUUCAGGGAUUCCACGCCCGACCUCGCGCCUCCCCGUGCUCAGGCCGGCGGGCAGCCAGAGCCAACUGCGCUCCACCCCGUCUACCGAACAGCUGCGCAAGAAGCCGUCGCUAUCUUCAGUCUCACGGGCCAGCCAGCCGCUGCCGCUGCAGAAGAAGCCGUCAGUAUCUUCAAUCAGGACCAGUCACCCGCCGUCAUCGCUGCAGAAGAAACCCUCGAGAACGUCCCUCGCCCGACCAUCCAUUGUUCCCCCGGCAUCUGCCAAUACGAGCUCGAACAGGGCAUCCGUGCUCUCGACCAAACGCUCCAUUCCCAGUCUUGCAGGGCGAAACUCUGUCGCCGACGCUUCUGUGUUCAAGAAACCAAUUGGACGCCCACCAUCGCGACAAACCAAAACCAGCGUGCAGCCCCCGAAAUCCUCCAAGGGGGCAAGCAAUGA